AUGGCUCCCGGAGAGGAGCUGUGGCCACACAGAUGCCCGCAGACCCCCUUGGGCUCAGCGGCACUGGCUUCCCCGCCCCUGCCAGAACCCGCAGAGGGUGCUGUGGCUCCUCCCCCGGCAAGGACGGCGGCCUCUGGUCCCCGUCUGUCCCCUAUGCCUGACCUUUCUCUACCGGUUGGGCCCCUAUGUCCCUAUGUCCACUGCGUCGGUGCCUCCGUCCGGCCUCUUCCUUGUCGUGCCCUGUCCCUGUCUCUGGUCUCUGUCUCGCUGUCUCUCUCGGAUCCCGCCUUGAGGAUCCCCUCCGGUAAAGUCCAGCUCCUAGGAUCCCCUGCGUCCCUUCUCCCACUCGGAACCGGACGUCCUGCCCACCGUGUUGCUGCUGGGUCUACGCGUAACCCGGCGGAGUGGCAACUCCCGCGAACAGCCCCUCUGGCCUCCUGACGCCCCCAGCCCCGCUCUCCGCAGGGCCCGGUGGCCGGCCGCACACUCGAUUUCGGCCUGGUGUCCUCCGCCCGCGAACCCCUCACGCUCCGCGCCGUGACCUGCCCUGAGCUGGCGCGGGCUCCCGCCGCCCGGCCAAGGGGCGUCGGUGCGCAUGCCCAGAGCCCGCUGGGCUGAGACCCGCGGCGCCCGGGGUGGGCAGCCCUGGGCGCGUGCUCGGCGGGGGCGGGGCGGCGCGCGCGCAUGCGCAGAGAAGCCCGCGCUCAGUGGCGCUGCGAGCGGAGGAGAAAGCGGUACGCGGCGCGGGGCGGCUCGGCGGCAGAGCAAGGACUUCCAGGCCAUUGCGUUUAAAAAGGGCCAUCCCAUUAUUGGACAGAUUUUUCCUCCACUGGAGGAUGACUGUUCUAGAUUCAAGAGAAACUGGAAUGGUCUGGUCAUUUACCAGAAUUCACUGAAGCAAACCCUUCCGACAUCUCCGGACACUUCCACCAUCGCAGGCAGAAAGCCCAGGGCCCUCCCCCCAGGUGCAGCCUGCAGUAUGGACUGCCACGGGUACAACUGCUUUGUGGACAGAGACAAGAUGGACUCUGCCAUCCAGGACCUGGGACCCAAGGAGCUGAGCUGCACUGAGCUGCAAGACCUGAAGCAGCUGGCCCGCCAGGGUUACUGGGCCAACAGCCACGCUCUGCGGGGGAAGGUGUACCAGCGCCUGAUCCGGGACAUCCCCUGCCGCACGGUCACGCCCGAUGCCAGCGUGUACAGUGACAUUGUGGGCAAGAUCGUGGGAAAGCACAGCAGCAGCACCCUGCCCUUGCCUGAGUUUGUCGACAACACGCAAGUGCCCAGCUACUGCCUGAACACACGGGGCGAGGGUGCCGUGCGGAAGAUCCUGCUGUGCAUCGCCAACCAGUUCCCCGACAUCUCCUUCUGCCCCGCUCUGCCGGCGGUGGUGGCCCUGCUGCUGCACUACAGCAUCGACGAAGCCGAGUGCUUCGAGAAGACCUGCCGCAUCCUGGCUUGCAAUGACCCCAGCAAGAGGCUGAUCGACCAGAGCUUUCUGGCCUUUGAGUCUUCCUGCAUGACCUUUGGGGACCUGGUGAACAAGUACUGUCAGGCAGCCCACAAGCUGAUGGUGGCCGUGUCGGAGGACGUCCUGCAGGUCUACGCGGACUGGCAGCGCUGGCUGUUCGGGGAGCUUCCCCUCAGCUACUUCGCGCGUGUCUUCGAUGUCUUCCUAGUGGAAGGUUACAAGGUGUUGUACCGCGUUGCACUGGCAAUCCUCAAGUUCUUCCACAAGGUGAGAGCUGGACAGCCACUGGAGUCGGAUAACGUGAAGCAGGACAUCCGUGCUUUCGUCAAGGACAUCGCCAAGACCGUGUCUCCUGAGAAGCUGCUGGAGAAAGCAUUCGCCAUCCGCCUCUUCUCUCGGAAGGAGAUUCAACUUCUGCAUAUGGCCAACGAGAAAGCUCUGAAGCAGAAGGGCAUCACUGUCAAGCAGAAGAGUGUUUCACUUUCUAAAAGGCAGUUUGUGCACCUGGCUGUUCACGCGGAGAACUUUCACUCGGAGAUUGUCAGUGUGAAGGAGAUGAGAGAUAUCUGGUCCUGGAUCCCUGAGCGAUUCGCCCUCUGUCAGCCCCUCCUGCUCUUCUCCUCACUGCAGCAUGGGUACAGCCUGAGUAGGUUCUAUUUCCAGUGUGAAGGACACGAGCCCACCCUCCUGCUCAUUAAGACCACACAAAAGGAGGUGUGUGGAGCUUACCUGUCAACAGACUGGAGCGAGAGAAAUAAGUUUGGAGGCAAACUGUGCUUCUUUGGGACCGGAGAAUGCUUUGUGUUUAGGCUGCAGCCGGAGGUCCAGCGCUACGAGUGGGUGGUCAUCAAACACCCAGAGCUGACUAAGCCAAUGUCCUUGGAGAGCACUGCCACUGCGUCCCGGCACUGCCACGCCAUGUCCUUGUCCUCAUCCUCAGACCCCGCUGACCGCCUCUCACCGUUCCUGGCCACUCGGCACUUCAAUCUGCCCUCCAAGACUGAGUCCAUGUUCAUGGCUGGGGGCUGUGACUGCCUCAUCAUCGAGUCGGAAGCUUCCUCUGGGCCUCGCUGUGGACUCACACUUGAGAGGCCUCCCAAGAUGGCUAGGGGAGGGCCUCUGACCUCAAACCAGCCAGCUCCGUUUCAGGGACCUGCCUGGAGAAGCCUGGACCCACAGAGCCUUCUCCAGUUCUCGUUCUCACCAUCAGAGCCUCCUAAGCUCUCUGCAGUCUCUGUGGUGGCCCCAUUUCUCCUCCACGUCGCUGCAGUGACCUGGUCCCCAGGAUCCCGUCCAGACUCCUCAUCAUGUCGUGCUUGUCUCAUCCAGUCCUCCCUGCAAGUCCGUGUACCAGGUCUGCACCCUCCUUAGCUCCCUGCCCACACGGCACCUUCAGUGCAAGCCCCUCUGCAUGGCACGUGUGUUCCCUCUGUGUUCCCCUCGCAGCACUGUGACCGGCUACAUAGUGUGAUGUAGCUCCACCUUCCUCUUCCACGUUGCCCUGCCUGGUUCUGCACUGGACUCGUGCACAGUAGGUGCCAAGGAAAGCUUGACCAAUGAACACUGCAAGGAGCAGCCCUCUUGCCCUAUGACCUCCCUCAGCUGGUUCUGAGGGCCUGGGCACCCAGGAGGGAAGAUGGGAGAAGCAGACACCCAAGUGGCUGUGCUGCAGGUGCCAAGGAUUACUGCCCUCCUGCCAAUCCCCCACCCCCAGCCUUCGUACAUACCACAUCCCUGCCCAUCUGUAUACUGUGCUUGCUCUUCUUGUGGUGUCCACCUCCUCACACUCCUCUGAGCUGGACCACAGUGGGCUGAAGAAAGGACCAGGAACCCUGUGUGGCUUUGGACAAGCCAGUGAGCUUAUUUGGAAUUCAGUUUCUCCAACUGUAAAAUGGGAUCAGUCCUGCUCUGUGUCCCUUCAGGACUCUUGAAAGGCUGUGAGGGGAAAGGUGCUGGAAGCAGUGUCACUGCUUACCCACCACCCCAGGUCACUGCAGCCCUCGCCCCUCCCCCUUCCUCUUAGCCCCCACUGCCCUCACUUGUAUGUUGGUGUUAUUAAACACGGUCUCAUUACAUA